CGCCACGGCUUCGCUCUCGUUGGGGGUAAAUGGCCAGCGGCCCCGCCCCGUGCCAGUUUCACACAUGGCCGCCAUGAGCCUACUGCGGCGGGCAGCGGCCGCUUUGGGAACUCGCACGGUCCUGUUCAGGGCGGCAGGUGGGGGACGCGUCUCCUUGCUGGGCAGGAAUGUCGUGUCCUCCGGCAUCAUCGCUGCAGUACGACAUGCAAGCCAUGGGAAAAGAAUGUUUGUCAUCACGCCAACAGAUUUCUAUGAUAAACGAUUUCUGAGGUUGCUGAGAUUCUAUAUAUUAUUACCUGGGAUACCAUUAGCAGUACUUAUAACGUAUGUCAACAUCUUCAUUGGUGAAGCUGAACUUGCAGAAAUUCCAGAAGGUUAUGUUCCAGAGCACUGGGAAUAUCACAAACAUCCUAUAACGAGGUGGAUUGCUCGUUAUCUCCUUGAUUCUCCUGAAAAGGAAUAUGAAAAAAUGUUGGCCAUAGUUGAUACUGAAGCUAAAAAAACUGACCUAAGACUGAAGGAAUUGGAGGCACGUCGACUAAUGAGAGAGAGGGGAGAUGGGCCCUGGUAUUACUAUGAGACCCCUGAUAAAAAUCUUAUUGAUCAUUCUGCUAAAGCAACUCCUGACAAUUAAGCAGUUAGUCCACUGUUCCAAAAGAGCACCCACAAAUAGUGACUGAAUAAUGUAAUGUGUAUCCUCUUGUUACUUGCUGACUUAAAUAAAAUUUAUUUUUCAGUGUUGAUUCUAGUAAGUUUUUAAAUAGACAAAACUUGUUGCUAAUCAUGUACAGCUGUGAAAUGUGUACAGAUGGAGAGAAUGGCUCUCAUGUCAGUUGCUAAUAGUCUGUUUCCCAAAGGUGUCAGUAGUUGAUUCUGGGUUUGUAACACAUUUUCCCCCCCAGAGGACGGUGGUCACCAGCUCAUUUCACCAGGCCAUCAAACAGCCAGACUGACCUGAGCUAGAUUGGAACAAGUAUCUGAAAGGUAAAAGACUCUAUUCCAUUACCAAACCAUUUGAUUUGUCUCUUAUAUAGUCCCAUACCUAAUUUUAAAUGAAAUGUAUGAGAAAAUAAAUCAUAACUUUAUAUUUUUUGGAUAGUAAUACAUUAAAUAUAAGUCAAAGCACUUUUUAAUUGUGAAAUAUUUCAUAGAAUGUAAAUUAAGUGAUUUUUGUAAAAAUUAAAUCUUCAGUUCUUUGGAACAUUUCAGAUUCAAAAGCUCCAUCUCUAUCACUAUAGACAACUCCACUAUCUUCCCUGCCAGUCAGGCUCACAACCUUGUUAUAACAGUCUUCACUCUCAUUGUUUCAUAUCCAAACUCUGGCCAUAGCCUUUUACUGCUUCCUCUACAUCCCUACAAAUAACCUUCCUUCCUCACCACUCAGGCCAUGCUACUCUCCUCUAUGAAUCUCUUCAUUAGCUUCUUGCCUUCCUCCUCAGUUUCAAACCUCCCACCAUCAUCUUUAAGGCUCUGCAUAACUCAGUGACAGUCUGCUCUCAUUUCCUCCUAUCUCCAACCAUUUCCGUAUCGCCUAUGGUCUUCCUAAAUGCCCCUUUUACCUCUUUCUUCAACUUGUGUCUAACCUCUGAGGUUAGACACUCCCUCCCUGUAAAGCCAAUUCCUCUGAAAGAUACUCCUUCCACAACGCUUUUCAACACUGCUGUGUGGCCUUUUUUUUUUUCUUUUCUUUAAACAAGGUUU